AUGGUCAUGAAGUGCAGAGGAGGCACCAAGUGUUUCUUCACACAAGGGCAAGCAAUCCUGGAGGUGACGGGGACCCUCUUCGUCUACGGCCUCUUCCUGUCCGAGCUCCUGCAGAGAAGACCCCCGUGGAGAAGAUGGACUGAAAUCCUUUACUGCGUCCAGGCCGUCAGCCGGGUGCUGGAGUUCCUGGUGGCCCUGUGUGUGGUGAGCUACGGCACCUGGGGCUCCAUCGUGGGGGAGUGGACGUGGCUGGGGGCCUCGGUCAUCAUCGUUCACUGCUACUUCAACGUCUGGCUGAGGGCCCGAUCCGGCUGGAAGAACUUCGCUCGCUGGGAGGCCGCCAAGAAGAUCGGCUUGCUACCGAGGGCCACCAGCAGGCAGCUGGAGGACCACAACGACCUGUGUGCCAUCUGCUUCCAGGAAAUGACCCUCGCCGUGAUCAUGCCCUGCGGCCACAUUUUCCACGAAGGCUGCCUUCGCAAGUGGUUCUAUGUGCAGGACACCUGUCCCCUCUGCCACCAGGCGGUUCAAGUCCCGGCGACCCGGGAAGUCCAGCGAAGCCACGCUGGAGCAGAGGAGACAUUCCAGCCGGAGCGUGGCCGAUCCGUCAGCCACCAGAACACAGCAGACGCCAACAAUGACAGCCCGCUGGACCCCGGCACGUCGAGUUGCGCAGAGCAGCCUGGGCUUCGGCCACGGGGGUCUGCUGGGAAGACCCUGUGAGUCCACGAGGGGCUGUAUCUGGGCUGUCCCAAGAAAGAGCCCCCACCGCAAAAGGAAAUGACCAACUGCCUGUGCUGGAAAGUCCGGAAAAACUCAGGGAAUCGGUAGAGGUCCGGUGUAUGGGGCAGCACCUUCCCCAAAGCGAGCUCUGAGAUUACCCAGUGUGCAAUGAGGCACCGGUCCCCCUUGGCCCUCGGCGCCUCGGAGUGCCGAGGGGCGUCGGGAGAGGAUCACGGCAACAACCGCCAGCCAUCCUCGCGAUGCAGAGAUUGUGGGCGAGGUUCAGGAGAAACCGGACGCUAUCUGUGAGCAACUGGACAGUCUCAGGAACAUCCUCCCCGCAUCCCUUCCUGACCCUCAGCCGUCGCUCGCGGGUAUUUCUCCCAAAAAAACCUUGUAUCCCCUAACCUGCCUUCCGGCUUCCCCUUACCCUGUCAAUUGCCUUUUGCCGGUCUAACUCAGGAACCUCAACCGGAGAAGUGUAUUUUUCAAACCAUGCACAGUGGGGGCUCGGAAAGCCCGUUGCUGCGUUCACCUUUUUUUGUGAUCGGAAAACCCGCCGGCUCGAUUCUCCGAACAAGGCAGGCUGACGUCAGCCUGGUAGCUGGGCUCUGCGGCUUCCUCGUGGAUUUUUGGGGAAGGGGGAGCAACGGGUGGCAUUUGGCAAGUCCAUAAGGCGGGCAGGUAACUCGCCUGGCGUCCCAGGGGUGACCCAGCCCAGUGAGGCCACAAAACACGGCGCAGGUGAGAAUUCCUCUCUACCCUCUUCUGCCCAUUGCGUGUUGUGGUAGUUGUGUUGCAGAAGAUCCGCCCCAGGCCUCUUGCUCUCUGGCUAAAUAAAGCAUGCAGGCCACUUUAAGGCACGUGGACUUCAACUCCCAGAAUUCCCUAGCCAGCCAUAAGCCCCCCGCUGGCUGGGGAAUUCUGGGAGUUGAAGUCUACAUGUCUUGAAAUGGGCAAAAAUUGGUACAUGUGAAAUAAAGGGGAGGGGUGGAUUUCCAGCAUGCGAAGAGGAAGAAAAGAAAAAAAACCCACAAUUAGAGGACAGAUUGGGGCGGGGGGAUUAUGGGGUCAUUAACCCCAGAGUGGGACCCCCCUCAAAUUCAAACCCGACCAGCAUGAUUAACCCUCAAAUCCUGAAGAAUCAGCCGCUAAAAUCUGACGUGCCAAAGUGGGCUUAACUUUACCAAAAAGAUUUAAUCACACGGGUGGACUUUUUAAUAGGGUGGGGGGAGAAGGGCAGGAAUUGGGCGGUUUCGUGCGAACGGCAAAUUCUUUGACUCUCUAAAAUAUCUCCGUUGUGAGUGGA